UGUUUUUCUACGCAGGCGCAGAAACGAAUACAGGCGCAGCUAGUCCAAAACAUUGCCAAACGUGGAACUACGUGACAUUUUCUGUUAGCGUUCCUUUUGUAGUUUGAGACAUCGGGAGUCAUGGCUUUAGAAACGGUGCCAAAAGACCUGCGCCAUUUGCGAGCCUGUCUGCUUUGUUCCUUAGUAAAGACCAUCGACCAGUUUGAAUAUGACGGCUGUGAUAACUGUGAGUCGUAUCUGCAGAUGAAGGGAAACAGAGAGAUGGUUUAUGAGUGUACGAGCUCCUCGUUUGAUGGCGUCAUUGCCAUGAUGAGUCCAGAAGACAGCUGGGUGGCUAAAUGGCAGAGAAUAGGCACCUUUAAACCAGGUGUAUAUGCGGUGUCUGUGACAGGCAGACUACCUCCAGGUGUGGUGAGAGAGCUGAAAAGCAGAGGAGUGAUGUACAAAUCCAGAGACACAGCAGUGAAGACAUAACCCUGACUGUAAACAUCUGGAACACAUCUGUGCAUCUUAUAAAGCUGUUUUUUUUGUCUCAUUAUAAAUGUUGUGCACAUUACAGGAAAGAAAGAAUAAAGGUUUGUUUUAUAUUAA